CUUGUCUGUUACCACUGCUCUUCUAUCCAGCAGCUUUUGGCCAUGUAUUUUAAAGUUAUAGCAUCUGUGACUUGGAGAACUUUGUACUGAAAGACUUAACUGAGAAGCCCUAGAAUUAAUUCUUUCACUUACAGGAUUAGUCAGUUUUGUUCUGAUAUUCCAGUAGAUAAAAACAAAUGUAGAAAGGAUCUGCACUUUGCAGAGUUGGUAUAAUGGGUGGCUUCUGCACAUAGGAACUUUUGACCCAAGGUCAAGUUUUCUUCAAAGAAUCAAAGAAAUGGAAACUGCUAAGUCUAAUUUUCAUGAGUGAAUGCUUACACAGACUAACUGCAGAAGCGGGAAAUGAGUGACAUCCUGGGAUGACGAAAGCGUUUGUACCACAAAUAGGCAGGUACUCUUUCAUGCAACCAGGUAGCUUUCUCUGUUCCUGCUCUGUGCAGCCUAGGGAAAAGGUGGGGCUGUUGCCAGCCUGAAUUACAUGUCCAUAUUAAUAAUGCCUUUGCCCACACCAAGAUCUUCACAGGGUCAUACAGUAAGCAUGUAAGUUGGCAAAAACAAAUACAUGUCCUUAAUUUAAGAACACGGAAAAAUUAAGAUUGUAAGGAACAGGAGGUCAUAUAGUCCAGCCCUCUACUCAAAUUUUGGAGUGGUCAAUGGCGUUAGGAAAUUUUCACCCAUUUGCCUUCCCAGUCUGUUAUAUGUUCAGAAUUAUUAACAAAAGGUGGAUUUAUAUCUUGCCAUGUGUAUUAAAUGCACAUUAUAAUAAUGUAGAUAGGAACAUAACAUGGUACUAAAAUUUGUCAGAAAAGAAAAUAUUUUAAUUAAGACAGGAUUGUGCAAGAAUGGCCUGUUUUUCUGAACAAAGGAAACAAUAAAUCUCUGAUGUAAUUAUUUCUUGCAAUUACAAAUGAAACGUCUACAGGUCAUCUAGCACAGUGACGUGCUGCCAAUAUUUUCAAGACAGGUUCUCUGCAAGAACAUCCCCUUCCCAGGCAUCUCUAGGGAAUCUAUUUAUUUACUUUCUCAUGUAAGCAAAAUUGCUUUCUCAUAAUAAAGGGAAGAGAAGCGAACACGUUGCCUGAUGCAUGUUCUUGCCUGAUACAUGUUACUGAAACAUCUCCUCUGAAGUAUAAAUAUUUUUUCAUGGGAAAACAUAGUGACAGUGUGAAUAAAAAUAAGCAUAUUGUCAGGAAGCUUAGGGAGCAAAGUAAACACAAACAAAGCAUUCUUCCCCCCUCAUUAUGUACUACCAAACAGAAUGCUUCAUGAGCCCUAGGAAUAACUACUUCAGUGUUCUAGCAAGGGAGAGUCAUGCAAUGAAAGGGUUAAUACUGUCAGAAGGAAGAGAUUUCAACAUUCAGAGCCUCAUAGGAGGGUCAUUGAAGUGAAGAGAUACUUGGUGUGCUUUGGAUUUAUGCUUAUCUCAACGUGCUUUGAAUUGAUCCCUCAAAAUUGGUAAUUUAAUAGCUUUAAUAGUUACAUUAGUAAUUUAAUGAGCCCCCUUCAGCACAUCAUCAAAGUCAAACAUAUACUUUGUGAACAAAAAUAGAAGUCAUUUUAUAGGUAAUGCAGUUCCUGAAAGCCAGCAUAAAAUAUUACAUGUAUGCAAGUUGUGAUGCUGUGAAUUAUUUAAUAUACACUAAGAGUGAUCUCAGCAUCACAAAGUACUUAUUAAGGCAAAUGGCACACCUAAGAACCAAACUGUCUCUCUUCACCUCUGGUCCCAGUGUCAAGUCUCAUUUCCCAGCCUGAUUUUCUGUUUCUGAAUGAAUUUCUGAGUAACACACAUAGCUUAUGUAAUUAAGUUACAGAAUAAUAUUCUUGGAAAUGUACUUUUUCCACACCAGUUUCUGUUGCUUCUGUGAUUGGGUUUCAAUUCUGGAAGAGAACAUAUCUGCAGGUCUGGACAAAAGUUAACUUACAUAUUGUCAUGUGCUUGAGUCAGAAAAUGCUACAUCUAUGGUAGGCAUGUCUUUGUAGAGGUGUUAUUUGCUCCUUAAUAUUCGGGUCACAGCUUAUUCGCUUAUGGGCUUCUGUGUCACUUGAGGCAUUAUGAGACAAGUAGUAAUAAAUUUAGCCCUCUGGCUAAAGAAGCUACUGCUCUCUGAAAGAUUACUUUCUCCAUAGUCAGUGGAUUAAAAUAAGUAUGUGUGUUAGCCACUACAGCACAGAGUCUGGCAAUUUAAUUUAACUGACAAUUCAAAAAGGUAAAAACAAAGUUCUGGACUGUGCGAAGACAACAAGGGUGUAUGUGUGAAACAGCAACCUUCAACAGAAUUAAAUAUAGCAGAGCAAAUUUUAAAUUUUAAAACUGCUUGAGCUAGUUCUUGGCAAAUUUAUGAUAGCCUGGGACUAGGGAUUAGAAAACUGGGAGGCUGCUGUGUGUCUGUGGCUGGGGUGUAGAGGGAAGGGGCAGUGUUACUGUUUGUUACUUUUGAUCUUUGUAAUUAAAUGUAUGUGCUCUAGCACUGUCUAUCAUAGACUAUUGAAAUCCUAUAUUAAACACAUUUCUAACUUCAUCAUGGGAUUUCCUGUGCUUUCGUUGAAAGAGAAUGAUUCUCGCAACACCACCUAUGUAGAAUCAGGAAACAAUUCUUUGUUAUUGUUAGGUGGGAAAUAAAGAGAGAAAUGGUGCAGUUCUCAAAUGUCCAUUAAUUCAGAGAGCUUAAGCAACAAGGUAGCCAACACAAGAAGUGCCAGCUGUGAUAUAAAAGCGGUGCUGUCACCCCAGAGCAUCCUCUUGACAACUGAAAUUACCUGUGUCUCACACUUCUGGAAGCAAGGGCCUAACACUCUCAAGAUGAGGAUUUGUAGCAAUAAAAACAUAAUUAGUAUGGUAUCAGUACCUAAGCUUGAGUUACUGACUUGUUUUCACCACUUUGUCAGUGGUAAAAUGUGCUUCUAAACAGGCAGAUGUUCCAAUAGUUGUCCUGAGCAACAGGUACCAUUUACUCCUGAGACAGAUAAAUAUGCUGUGGCUCUUAUGACUAUCCAUGUUUCAGUUCUUGAUUUAUGGCUGUUGCUUAACAGUUGACCUCCUUAAAUUUGGCCCUUCUAUCUGAGAUACAUGGUUUUGACUGUUAUAUGUGCUUAGGUAUUUUUUUUUUUUUAGAUUAUUGGUCACUAAAGAAAGAGGAAAGUUUAAAAAAAAAAAAAAAUUCUCAGUCUCCUAAGGAAAAUGCCUGUGGGUCAGGCUUUUCUUGAGGCAAUGCAACUGUCUCCAUUGUAAUUUCUCCAGGGGUGAACUUGGUUCUUAUAAUCCUCCUUUUUCGGUGUGUUUGCUGCAGUGGUUCCCACUGCCAACAAUAUAGUUAAAGGACUUCUCAGCAUUUCUCUUACAAUUAUGGAACAAUAGUAUUUUAGCUGUAGCUCUGAAUUUCAGCUAGAAGCCUAAAGUGAAAAAAAUAAGUGCUGUUCACCUAUUUUAAAUUAGAAUGGUGGAAAAAUGUUUAUCUUCUGGCAGGCAUUCUGUUCUCCUGAGGCUUCUGUAAUGCUACAAAAUGCACCCUGCUCAAGCACUUUUAACAAUAUGUAUGGGAGCAAAUAAGAUUAAUGCCUUUGUAGUAGUUCUACCCUUACCCAGGAAAAGGACUCUUGACCUGGCUCAGAAAAAACUGUAAAGGAUUCUUUAAACAUAAAAAGCUACAUGCCUUGCUACUUUAUUGAAAAAGAAGACAACUCGUAGCAGAAUUUAUGAUUCUUUGGCAAUAUAACUUCCAAGAAAUAAAUGCAUGAGAAGUUUCAAGGAACUGAAAUACUUCUGAUUUUGUUAAAAUUCCAUAAAUUCCUUAUUAAGUUCAAAACCACUGCUGGUGGUUCUAGUUUGUUUUUAAUUUCACAAAAGUAAAUUCUGCUCCUGGCAUAUUUAAACACUGCAGUUAUCUGUUUGUAUAUGUGUAGUUGGAAAGUGAUGUCUUUUUCUCCAUACUUUACAAAUCAGUAUACAUAGUAGCUUGAAUCCUUUAAGCUCACUGUCUUUUGCCUGAUCUGUAUUUCAUGACUGUAACAAUGAUACUUUGACAGCUCCUGAAGGUAAUAUGUUCUGUACCCUCAGUAAAAACUGCAAAUAUGUGCAAGAAAGGUGUGCUUUUGUGGUUGGUGGCUUUUGAAUGGUAGCACUGAAAGAGAGCAGAAUCCUUUCUGGUAACUAUUCCUAAUAAACAUAAUGUGGGAAAGGCUCAUCAAACAGCCUGCAAAAUGUGCAAACUGCUUUCAUUCUCUGCUUCUUAGAUUUGAAAUCACUUGUGUGCAUUCACUUAUAUGGAUCACUUGUGUGCAUUCUUUUGCAAUUUCUUCAAUUAUCAUUAUCCUUCAGCUACACAGUUUUGCUAGAAUGUACAGAAAGUGGUUCAGGGGGAGAAAGAUGUCCAUCAGAAACAAACCCAGUAAUUUUCUGUAUAUGAUCUAAGGCCUUGACUCAAUGCAGAAACAAAAAAGUAGUAACUAGAUUUGCUUAGACAUAUUGAAGUAAACUGCGAAAAGGGAGGAGCAGUGUUUGGACAGUAGUAACCUUGUAUUGGUAUCAUGCAGUCUAACCCACUGAAUUUAAGUUUGUAUUGCGAAAAUGUAGUCUUUGCAAGGCAAUCAGUGCUGGUGUAACUAAAUCAUGUCAUUGAACUAGUGUAAAUGGUUGGAAGAGGCACAAGGUCUUACCUUCUUGGCAAAGUUUUCUCUUUCAAAAAAUGUAUGGUUCAAAGGUAGACAAUGUGUAGAAUGUAACAGGAGUGAAUGAUUAAAGCCACAGUGUUGCUACUGUGCAGAAUCACAUAAUUCAAAAUAAAUGAAGAAUUGUACUGUUGUCUUGCGGGGAGAGGAGAGGGAGCGGAAUUAUAAUCCAAACUGGUAUAUUCUUUGAGCAACCUGGUAGAAAAAAAUAUAAAAUAGUAUGUGUUUCAUUCAGUGCUGUUUUGUUUCAGGUUGACUUCCAUAAGAGUCAAUGGAAGCUUUUCCCCAUCAGUUUCAGUAGGAUUUAUAUCAGGCUCUUAAACCAUAACUGGGGUCUUUUGCAUCUAGCUGACUAUGGGACAGAGGUGCAGAGGAGUAAGUUGUAGUUAACAAGGCUCUUCUCAAAGAUUAAUGAUGGUGAGAUUAAGCUGCCCUUGAUUCUACUGUUUAAUCCUGCUCUGUUGGUUUAGCACCCUGUCAAGAUCAGAAUAGGCUGUUGGCUGCUGUUCUUGUAUAUAAGCAGUGAUUCAGAGACCAAUGAUACUAGUCUUUGGCAACUGUGAAAAAGGAGAGAAAAUCCACUUUGUUUCCCUUCCCGUCACCAUCCCUACCCUACACCUUCCAGGUGUAUGUCCAAGACUUAUCGUCAUGAUCUCUGUAUAGCACCAGUUUAAGCAACUCAGAAAAGUAAUGGCAUGUCAUUGCAUGCUUUUAUGUAUUGCUCCUGUAGAAUUUAUGCAAUCUUUGACCAAUAUUUCAGCUUCUGAGAUUUGGUCUACAUAUUGUAUCCUUCUGCAUAUAAAGCCACUAGGCGUUUAAUACAUUGGGUGAUUUUUAGAAGCUUUGAAAGGCAGGGAGAGUGUUUAUAAUGCUUUAAAGAAUGAGAGCUGAUCCAUUUGUCAAUGGCUUUCAUAGCUCAAUAGCUUGGAUCAAGAAUGAGAAAUAAAGACUGUGUUUGCCAUUGAAAACCUGCUCUUGUUGUAUAAAGGGGUUCCAAGAUACCACUGUCCCUUUGAAACUCAGUACUCAGACAGAAGUGCAUUUUGACUGAUUUAUGUAGAGGAGGGACAGAGACCAAUGGCUAGCAAGAGGGUCAGACAGACAGAAAGUCUUCCCCAGCUGACUGUUUGCUAUGAUUAUAAUUUCAUUCCACAAAGAGGUUCUUCCCAUUCCAUUAACAGCUGAUUAGAUGGCAGAAACAUUUUAAGAAACUCUUAACAGUUAUGCAGAUGCUAGCACUGCAGGUGAGAUAAAUGGAUAACAUAGUACAGACAUUAAAUCAGUUUUUCAAGGUGAUGAUUUGCUCCUGGGAUUAGCAUUUCAUAUAUGUGUGAAUGUUGCCCUGUGAAGUGGCAAUAAAGUAUUAUUCUGAACUGAAAAUGUAUUUCUGGUAUGUCCCAGCCUGCAAACAGAGACAGUAAGUAGGGACACAUUUGUCAAGAAAUUGGAAUAAUUCUCAGUCAGCCUUUCACAGCUGCAUUGAGCAUAGUGUUACCCUUAAUUUUGGUUAGUGAGCUUUGUAAAACAUGAAACUCCAAUAGAUUGCCAUAGAUGGCAAACUACUGAUAUGAAGAUGAAUCUCCUGUACCUUGAAAACCCCUUUAAAUACUGGAAAUGUCUGAUAAAGCAGGAAUGAUUUGGAGCCUUGAGAAAAAGUCUUAUGACACUUCGGUGCAAUCACUUCCAGUUUCAUUCCCUUGCCAAACAGCAAAAUGACAUUCAUUCAAGAAGAAAUCCUCCUACUAGUCAGUUCUUCCCAUUUAGCUGCUGUUUAGCACUGUUUUCAUAAGCUGAUUAAAUCUUUCUUACCCAUGUUGUAGUUCUGAGGAUCUAGAAGCAGGGAAUAUAGCAAAUACAAGCUGUUGCAAACUCGUUACCAUUAAAAAAUUACACAUCUAAUAAAAAACUGUGCUGUACAACAAAUUCUCAAUACGGCCUUGUCCUCAACGGGUUGUGAAUGCAGCGAGCCAUAACUCAGCCACUUCUUCCUUUGGGAGACUCUUAUCUAACCGCUCAGCUGUUUCUCUUGCUGUUCUUCAUACGAAGCCAAAAUUUUAUUUUGUUUUAUUGUAUUUUGGUACACCUAGCUUUGCAAACUAGGACUAUUCAAAUGAAUCCACUCCCUUUUAAGAGCAGACUAUGCAUCCUAUAGAAAGAGAAGUACAGUAGCAGAGGCAGUUUUGUAAUGUUUCAUGAGAUAGACUCUGAUAGCCUGAGUGAAGAGCCUGAGACACACCUGAGUCAGCAGAGCGCACUUCCAGCAACAAGGGCUGUUCAGGUACUGGGUGGGCUGCGUUAGGAUGCGUGCAGUGAGGAGGUCAGUGGCAGUGGUUAUUCCCCAAUACUCAGCACUUGUGAGGCUGCAUCUGAAGCACUGUGUCCAUUUUCAGGCAGUACAGUACUGAAGAGAGAUUGACCAACUGAAGUGUGUGCAAUGAAGAGCCACUAAACAGUUAGGGGACUGAAAUGCAAAUCUACAUAGAGAGACUGAGGGAGCUGUUUAUCUGGCAUGGAGAAGGCUAAGAGGGCAUCUAAUUACUAUCUCAGAUACCUAACACAGGGUUAUAAGGUAAACUAGAUUCUUCUUACAGCUACACAACAAAAGGACAAGAGGUACCAGUCACAAGUAGCAGGAAGGUAAAAGCCUACUUGAUGUGAAGAAAAACAUUUUCAUAGUGAAUGGCUAAGCAGUGGAACAGGCAGGUUGGAGACUGUGCGCUUACCAUCCUUGCUGGUAUUCAAACUCAACUGGAUAAAGCCCCGAGUGACCCAGUGAAGCUUUGAAGUUAACUGUGCAUUGAGGAGGAGGUUGGACUAGAUGACAUCCAGAGGCCCCUUCCCACCUAAAUUGUGAUUAUGUUGUGGAGUGACAUGGGAAGAACAGGGUCUUAUAAUUAACAGGUUAAAUAUGGGAACAGGGGAAGGCAAAAGCCAAAAUCCUACAUGUGGUUAGACUAAAAACUAAAGCAUUGUUGAAAUAUAACCCUCUGGAAAAGUAGUAGGUAUCUAAUUUCUUUUCCAAAUCAGAAGUACUGGCAUUUUCCUCCUGUAGAUAGUCCCUUUCUUGUUUACCCAGCUGUUUAAAAUGUAUGCGUAUAUUAACUUCUAUAUCCCUCUGCUAGUGAAAAAUAAUUUGGAAAUACAAUUCAUAAAACAAACAACUGGUGCUAUAUAUCAUUCAUAUAGAAUGCUCUAAUAAAUCUGGUGCAUUGCAGGUUUCUUAAGUCAUUAUGUUCUUGCACUAUAUUUUGCAUUCAGUGAAUAACUGAAAAAAAAACCCUAACAAAUAAAUGCACAGUGGUCUAUGUUAGAGUGUCUAAUGCACACAGUGAAGAUGUUGUAUAUGUUACAUCUCUGUCUCUGAGAACUGAGAAAAUUGUGUUGGAUAAUAUGAAAAGGGGUGCAACUGGCCUAAUCAAUUUGCAUAGUUGGCUGAGCAUAGAUGUUGACAUCAUUAAAUAGAAGCACCUUACGUCAAAUUACGUCUGUUCUUAUUAUACCAAAGAGAAAAAAGGACUGCAUGCAAUACAUAAUAGUUUUGAAAAGAGAGUGAAUUGUGAAUGCAUAAGCAUUUGGCAUGGGUAUGUUACAGUUCUGAAUGCAAAGCCAUUAAUACAAAAAAUUGUAUUUGACAGGAAAUGACUUGAAUUUUAUUUCAAUGUGUAUAGCAUAGGCAUUUACAUAGUUUCCUUGGGGCAUUUAUUCUCUUUAUGAAUUUUUUAUGGAUAAAAUCUAAUGGAAUAUAUAGUAAUCCAUUACAGAAGUAUGUUAGAAAUUAUUUUGAUCUACCCACAUAAUUAAAGCCUGUAAGCCUAAUUGUGGGGAAAAACUAGACUUCGAAGACAGGAGCUGGAUAAUUCUGAUAUUUUGAUUCCCAUGCUGCCAGUUGGCUGGGACUCUGAGACUACAUGUAUCACAUACAAUGGGUAGAUGGUGAAGUCCAUAACUGAAGUACUACAUCCCCUUAGUUUGGCUGUACAUCAUGUAUUCAUGUUCUUUUGUAUUGUUGAAAACAAGUUUUAUGGACUGGUGGAGAGCACCUUCUGUCCCCAUGAGAUUGCCAUAUGCAACAUGGAGCCCAUAUGGGAUAAUUUAACUUACUUUGUUUACUUACUUCCUUGUGCCUUUAAACUUAUUUCCACUAACAAUCUUUUAACAUGCUCUUAAAGUCUUCUAGCACAAAGGGCCCCUGUGUUCGGGGAUAAUGGAGAGAGAGGAACUCUUGUUUGUCCUGUAUUACUGAGUUUCAUUUUGAGACUGUCCCAGGCUGCCUCUGCAAUGGCAGGUCUGCCCUCUCUCAGUGCACGUUCAAGCCUGGUCCUGUAACUGUCCCUGCUGACUGCUGUCAGUGUGUGUGACUUGUCUUAGAAAACUGCAUUUGUGUUCGGAUGCUACUACCUGAAACAGAAGGGAAAUAAUCUCAGUUAUCCUGAAUUAAAAGCCUGAGUGGGUCCUCAAAGGGAGCAAGGAGCCAUGUUACUAGAUUUUAUUUUUUUUUUUAGCAGACAUGUGCAAUAUACCCUGCUUAGACCUCUAAUAGAGGGAAGAACUGCUUGCUUCUACAUGGCUUUGAGUCUGGAUUGGUCUGGGAUGUAGAAUUUCUCAGAAGGCUGUUAAACAGUAAUGCAAAAACUAAACCCCAGAUUUAACCAUGCUUAGACCAUCAUUCUUCUGCAGAUACAGCAGACUUAGAUUAUGAUGGGUGGUAAGAAGCAUAGGCUAGUCCAGUUCCUUGCCUUCCAGAAGUUUUGACAAAGAAGGUUAAGUAAAUGCUUGUAGUCCCCCUCUUCAUUCACCUCCUGUUAUCCUUGGCUGGUAUUUUUUCAACCUAGCUACUUCCUGAGCUUUUCUGUGCUGUCAAAGGAGUGCAGAGGAUGGAAGGGCCUAAGGGCCCUGAGCUUCAGCAUUUCUGAGCUGGUAGAGAGCUCCCUAAGGAGUUCUGCUAAUACUGCAUGUUGGAACAGCCUCUGAAGUUUAACUCUGCAGAUACAGGAGUAUAAAGCUUAUUUGUAAACUCAGUUAUGGUUUAUGCACAACUGAUAUUCUCUGCUAAUGUUUUUUAAUCAUCUGAGAAAUACAUUCUCAAAAACAAAAGGUUAAUUUAGCCCCAGAGUAAUAAACAAGGUGUUAAGAGCAUACGGGAAUAUAACCUUUACAUUUACGCUUCCAAAUGUGUUUUGUGAUUUAGCAAAACUAAAAUAAUUCUAAGUAGAAUUCUCUAUGGGUGGGAAUGCAUUUUUAAAUUACUAUUUUAUUCUUUUUUAUUCAGUUAUUCUCUGAAUUGUGUGAUAGUGUUAAACGUAAUGGAGAUGCAGUGAUGUGGCACACCUGGCAGCCCAUAGCCAUGUUUUGGAAAGCUGUAUAGACUUGGCAGAAGCAGACUCUGUAGUUAAAUGCUAGCCAUGGUCUGAUGCCUUGUCCUUUAGGAUGGCUUGCAAGGAUAGAACUUCCCUCUCUCUUCCCUUUUUGCUAUUAUUGUCCCCAAUAACAAACAAAAAAGAAAAAUCCAAGCUGGCUACCUGGAAUACUUAAACAUCUAAUUGAGUGAAGCUUUACCACUCAUAUAUUUUUAAUGCUUGUGCAAACUCAGUGGGAAUACUUGUGGUUUAUUACUGUGCUUUCUUGUAUCAAAGCCUAGAAACUAGCGGUUGCUCUACACCAUGUUAGAGAUGUGUUCCAGCCAGUUCUUAAGAUGUGUCACUCAAGUUUAUGGUCAAAACUCUACUGUUUGUUUAAAAGUUUGGAACAACAUAAGUAUGGUUCAAUAGGCUUAUGCCUCAGAGAAUGGAGAGAUUCUAGCUGUCCUGGGUUUUUAUUUUAUACUUUUCUGGAAAAGUUGCAAUUGUAAUUGUAUAAGAAGUUACACGUUUGUGGUGGGAAAACAGUGAAUGGUUUAAUAAAAGUUGCUGUAGAUGGUCAUUAAAACAGAAACUACAUAGUAGCAUGUAGCUGUUCCCACAGCUGCACAAGCCUUCAGGCUCUAACCACCCUUUGAUGAAACAGAAAAAAAGGGAGAAACUGGAAAUGUUUUCUUUAUCCUCAUCAAAAGCAAAACCUAAUUUCUCUUUUUCCCAUUUUUACCACCUGACUAAUCUUUGUCAUUGCUGUAUUCUGCUCAAUUUACUGUUGUGCACUAAAAGUAACACUUUCUCCCUUCUUUCUGCCGUCUUCCUUUGUUCUUGCAUAGAAACUCUAACAAGAUUGCAAGCAGAGCUGAAGGUGUUUGUUUGUUUUGUUGUGGGUUUUUGUUUGGUCUUCAUUUGUUUGUGGGGUUUUUGUGUGUGUUUUAAUUAUUAUUUGUUUUGUUUUGUUUUGUUUGUUGGGGACGUUUGUUUGUUUGUUUUUUUAAUUGCAGUCAAUAUUUCUCAAGUCAGUAUCAGAGCAAGUCUGGUUGCUUUCUCCCACGUGAUGCUAACUUACCUGUUAGGACAAUAAUGGUUGCUCUGUUUGCAGCAGUGAUAGUCGAGGUGUGUUUAACAGAGACACUGGGUUCUAGACUGGAUUUGUCUUCAGAAAGUCAUGAUUUAGACUGUAAAACAAAGGUACCUAUACGGAAUUAAGAUUUGCUGUACUGAAACAGUCCCCUUUAUAUCACCCUCCCAUUUUUUAUCACCCUGCUUUGCUCAGCCCCCUUGAAUUAACCGGGAUGGACCUGGCCCUUAUUUUUUUCCUAGAAGCUGUGUGUCCCAGAAACAAGUGAAUACUUGGGAUUUGUUGUUCUUGCAUAGAAUUAAAGUUUUUAGCUCUCAUUUUUGGAGAAAAAAAUAGUUCAUGUAGAGCUUGAAACUUAAGAAAUGGAAGGUAAUUAUUCUAUUAAUCUUAAAUCUGUAGCUUAUGAGAUUUUACUUUUUACUUUUUUUUUUUUUACUUGCCUGCAUUAUCAGUUCAAUAUUUCUUUGGUUACAAGUAGAUGUCUGAGUGAAAGUUGUUUUAGUUUCUGAUGCAUUUGUCUUGUCAAUCCAAACUUGGUGCAAAGCUAGAAAAACAACAAUGUUUGCAAUGGUGCACAUUGUUCUUCUGCACCUAACAGCCUCCUGUGGUAUGAAGUUGCAAACUGUAAUUGUAGAUGUACUCAACUGAAAAUUAUUGCAGUCUCACCUGGUUAAUGUGAUUUUGGCUUCUGGAUGUUUGAAAAAUGCAAAUAAUUGACUAUAAUCAAAUGCAGAGGGAUGUUGUUAACCUGGUAUUGGUACUGUUAUUGGAAGUGGUGUUUUUAAAACUUUAUAACAUCUUUUCCAAAAAAUGACUGUGUUAUUGCUACAAGACUGUGCAAUAUGUGAGUCCAGGUUGCUCUAGGACAAUAUUUUCUUUCCAACAGUCACAACUACAACCAUGUCUAGAAAGUUCCCUUAGCCAAAGCAGUGUUGCUCAUGCCCUUCACUGCACUAAAGGAUUAGUUGCAUUUUUUGAUGGUGUAAAGUAGUAAAUAGAAGAGCCAGAAAGCAGUGUUUUAGCAGGGAGCCUGAUCUGAGUUGUGACCACUUUUCCCAUUUAGAGACAGGGCCUUGAGCCAUUUUCACUGCUUAGAAAACUCCAAGUCUACAUUGUCACCUUAAGAGAGCAGCAGUUGUGGUUUAGUUGCAUGUCUGUUUUACACGAAGGGUUCAAAUAUUAGAGGAAAUGGAGAGAAGUAAUUUCAAACCAUAGCAGAAGCACCUGUGCUAAGAAAUUGCGCACCCAGUUUAGCAGAUAAUCCAGGGAGGCCUUCAGGACCUUUUUACAGAAUCACAUUCAUUGUUUAUGCACACACAGUAUUUGUCGAGUGUGUGUGUUUAUUAGUUUGUUUUUUAUUAGUUUCCUGUCCGACCUUUUCCCGUGCGAGGCGGUGGCAGAAAGCAUCCCGGCCUAGAGUGCUAGUGCCGGGAUGGAGGAUGAGGAGGGUGCGCCUCUGGGCUGCCCCCGCUUGCGGUUCCGCGCUCCCUGCGCGGCGGGAGGCGGCCCGGCCCGGCCCGGGCGGAGGCGGCGGGCGCGGCUCCAGCCGCUGGUUUCAUGAAUGAAAUCCAAUCGGCGCGCUAAAAAUAGAACGCGGGGCUGCAGACGUCAGCGCGAGUCAGCGGGGCGGGCCGGGGCGGGCAGCCCGCCGCACGCCGCGGGGCGGGCGGGCAGAGCAGCGCUGGCGGCACGCUGCCGCCCUGCCCAGGCGGGCUGGCUCCUGCCGCUGCCCCGCCGCUGUGAGGAGCAGCGGGAAGGGGGCGCGGCGGCGGCUGCCACCGCCCUCCCGUCCCGCCGGGGCCGGGGGCCAGCCCCGCUGCGUGCACGCCGGCUGCCGGGCAUCCCGCCCUCCCGGUCUUUGAUGAAUGGAUGCUGACAUGGACUACGAAAGACCCAACGUUGAAACUAUCAAGUGUGUGGUGGUUGGAGAUAAUGCAGUGGGAAAGACUCGUCUAAUUUGUGCAAGAGCGUGCAAUACAACCUUGACCCAGUAUCAGCUGCUGGCAACUCACGUACCAACCGUCUGGGCCAUUGAUCAGUACCGUGUCUGCCAAGAGGUCCUUGAACGCUCAAGAGAUGUUGUGGAUGAAGUGAGUGUUUCUCUCAGGCUGUGGGAUACAUUUGGGGACCACCACAAAGACAGGCGCUUUGCUUAUGGAAGGUCUGAUGUAGUUGUUCUGUGCUUUUCAAUUGCUAAUCCUAAUUCCCUGAAUCAUGUGAAAACGAUGUGGUAUCAAGAAAUCAAGCACUUCUGUCCGCGCACACCUGUCAUUCUGGUGGGCUGCCAACUAGAUCUCCGCUAUGCAGAUCUCGAGGCUGUUAACAGAGGCAGGCGGCCUUUGGCAAGGCCAAUAAAAAGAGGAGACAUUUUGCCCCCAGAAAGAGGCAGAGAGGUUGCCAAGGAACUUGGGAUACCAUACUAUGAAACCAGUGUGUUUGAUCAGUUUGGGAUUAAAGAUGUGUUUGACAAUGCAAUUAGAGCUGCCCUGAUCUCCAGAAGACACCUGCAGUUCUGGAAAUCUCAUCUGAAGAAGGUCCAAAAACCUUUGCUUCAGGCUCCAUUCCUACCUCCAAAAGCCCCUCCUCCGGUUAUCAGAAUUCCUGAGUGUCCUGUUCCGAGCAUGAAUGAAGCUGGAUAUUUAUUGGACAGCCCACUCUGUGCAGAUGUUAUGUUUGUUCUCCAGGAACAGGACUACAUUUUUGCUCACAAGAUCUACCUAGCUACCUCUUCUUCAAAGUUUUAUGAUCUUUUCUUAAUGGAAUGUGAGGAAAAUCCGGACUUGGAAGAAACACAGUGUAAGAAAGAAAAUACAAAUAAGGAUGUUCUGACAAGUUACCUUGAGACAAAUGGUGACAGUGAUGAUAUAUCUUUGAAAUCUCCUGAUGUUAAAAGUCCCCCACCAGAAAGUACUGGCUCUUUGAACAUGCUAGAACUCAAAACUGGUGAAACAAAUUCUGCAGCAAAAUCUCUGUCAUCCUGGGGUAAGGGGUUUGUUAGUGUGCAUAAAGAAAUGCAAGUGAAUCCUGUCUCGAAUAGGACAUGUCCUGUAACUGUCGUAAAAAUGGAUUCCUCUGUGCAGGCCAGACCUUUUAAAACUGUUUUGCAGUUUUUAUACACAGGGCAACUAGAUGAAAAUGAAAAAGAUCUCACAAGACUGGCUCAGAUUGCUGAAAUUUUGGAAGUAUUUGAUUUGCGAAUGAUGGUGGAGAAUAUUAUGAAUAAAGAAGCCUUCAUGAAUCAGGAGAUUACUAAAGCAUUUCAUGUCAGAAAAGCUAAUAGGAUAAAAGAGUGCCUUUGCAAAGGGACAUUUUCUGAUGUGACAUUUAAAUUGGAUGAUGGAACUAUAAAUGCCCACAAGCCGCUGCUGAUCUGUAGCUGUGAAUGGAUGUCUGCUAUGUUUGGAGGAUCAUUUAUUGAAAGCUCAAACAGUGAGGUAGUUCUUCCCAACAUAAACAAGACUUCCAUGCAAGCAGUUUUAGAUUACUUGUAUACCAAGCAACUGUCCGCCACUCAGGAACUGGACACACUUGACUUAAUCGCAUUGGCAAAUAGGUUUUGCCUUCCUCACCUGGUUGCUCUAGCAGAACAGCAUGCAGUACAAGAGCUGACAAAAGCCUCCAUGAGCGGCGUUGCAAUAGAUGGAGAAGUACUGUCCUACUUGGAAUUGGCACAGUUUCACAAUGCUAACCAGCUGGCAGCUUGGUGCUUGCACUAUAUCUGCACCAAUUACAACAGUGUUUGCUCCAAAUUCCGCAAGGAAAUCAAAGCUAAAUCUUCAGAUAAUCAAGAAUAUUUUGAGAGGCAUCGCUGGCCGCCUGUGUGGUAUUUAAAGGAAGAAGAUCACUACCAGCGAGUUAAAAAAGAAAGAGAAAAGGAAGAUGUUGCACUGAAUAAACAUCAUUCAAAGCGGAAGUGGUGCUUCUGGAAUUCCUCUGCUGUAGUUGCCUGAACAAAGAAGAAAAGUGGAAAUCCAUAGCCAAUGUCAGACAUCAGUCUUCUUGUUAGAAAUAAGAUGUAGUUCGGGUUUUCAGGAAACUUUGUUCCACGUGUGCAUUUAUUAUUGCUAGGGUCAAAAGCACAAGCUCACUGAAAGUGAGCCUGGAACAGCUCCUUGAAGUCAUAUGUAUAUUUUUGGCUAGUAAGCAGAUAUAUGUCUACCAUUAUUACAUUUCUUUUUAUACAAAAGAAAAAUCCAGCAUUGAUGUUUCAAUCUCCAAUUGGGAAAUAUUUUUAUACUGUCUGGUGUGUUUUGUUCAGAUAAAAUUCUGGAUACUGUUUUAUUUUACAGACCACAAAAUAACCGUGUAGCAGCUUUGUAAUUAGAUUUUAACUAUUUUUACUAUGCGAGUGCAGUGAAAUAGACAAUCUUCAGUCAUAAGAGACCACUUUUAGAGUAUCUCAUAAAAAGUUAUCUUAAGAAAAAUUCUAGUUGCCUAGAAUAGGUUGUCUUUUUUAAACUAAGUACUGUGCACUGGUAAUAUAAUUAGAUGGUUAUUUCCCCUUUCUAAAGUAAAGGGUUAGAAUAAGAUCCAAUAACUGCAAGAUAUAGAGCGCUUGAUCUUUGCUCAGCUGAAUAAUAGGCAGUAUAAUUACCUAUUCAACUGCAGGCAAAUGUAUUUCUAAUAUUUGCCAUGUAAGUGCAAAUAAUUAUGACUAUGUGGGCCAUGCAAAAUCUAGUGAUUCUAAGUAUUCAGAGGUUUUAUAUGUCUAGAUCAAAGAGAAUAUUUCUAAAAUCAUUUAGAAGGGCUUAUUAAUUUAUAGCCUUAUACAAGUAUGGAUCUGAAUACAAAAAGCAGUUACACUGCUUGCAUUUGAAUUACUGCAUGGCAGUUACCUUGUUCUGUGGGAUCUUAACCAUGCAGCCAUUCCUCAUGCUGAAUUCCUUUUUGCUUCAGUGCAAGCAAACGAAAGGGCUGCACAAACAAGUAGGAGUUAUCUAAUCUUACAGCAUUUUGUAAAUGAGGAAAGGUCUUCACACACAAGAUCACUUCAGUUUGAUCUAAAUUGGUUUAUAGCUUUUCCCAGGAAGAACUCAAAAUGUUAGAUUAUUUGAAAGUAGAUCAUAUAUUUCCCCGGAAGUAGGUGUUCCCAGAAAACUGGGGGCAAAAUGAUGGCAGAAAGGCAGGAAUUCUGCACGAGUGGUGGUGCAAGAAAAGAAAAAAAAGCCUCCAAAUGUUUUUAAAUGGUCUGUGUGUUUGUGACAUUUUAUCAAGCAUUAUUCUAAAGCUGUGGUGUUACACUAGGUUACAUAAGGGUGAGAGCAUUUUUUAAAAGACCAAAACUAAGAUACAUAGACUGUAGAAAAUACACAUGCAAUCCUGUACAGUGUCUCAGGCACAAUUCUAUAACCAAGGCAGUAUCGUGCAUUAGGUUCAUUAAUAUUGUUUUGUGCUGGCAGCUCAGCAUACCAAUGUGAAAAGCUGUUUGUUUGUUUGUUUGUUUGUUUCUGUGUUCAAAGGCAAGGCAGUACAGUCAAACCCCAGUACUGUAGGUCAGGAAAGACUUUGGACUGAAAGCCAUAUCCACCUCUACAUAUUUGCAUUCUGAAUGGACUAAUUCUCGGCAGAUGCUACCACAGGAUAGUAGAAGCCACCCAGCAUGGAAAGAGAUGCUGCUCUACAAACUUCUAUAAGGAGAGCAGGUGACAGAUUCCUACUCCUAUAAGAUUCAUCACCGUAUGGUGAUAAAGAAGGGCUAUUAAUGAUGGCUGCAAAUAUGUCUCCUUAAUUCUUAGUCAGUGAUAACAAAUAGUGUGAAGGAGAAGAAUGAAUGAGAGAAGACAUGUCAAGACUGAGAUAAAUAUCUGUUGUCAUAAAAUGGUAACCAGUCACAUUUUAAGUAAGUAUUGCUAUUAGGUUUCACACAACCAAAGCUACUAUAUGAUUGUAAUUUUGCCAAACUGUAAUGGAUAUAUAAAUGAACCUGAGGUAUAUGCAAUAAUAUCCAGUUGUUCUAGUUAUCAGCUACUAUAACCAAGUGGCUGGUUCAUUUGGUUAAUGCUGUCUAUGGCCUUUAAUCUUGGUGGUUAUUUUGUGUUUUUUAUUUUGGGAAAAAAAAGGUCAAUAAAACUGUUUAGUUACAAA